AUGGUAGGAAUUUUAAUAAGACCACAACCAAUAGUAAUAAUUAAAGGAUUUAUUGUACAUGGACCAGCAAAAGAGUGGACAGAAAUGAUGAUAAAAAUAUCAAUAACAAUUGCUUAUAUCACUUUCAUUUGUACUUUUUUUUGUAUUGUUUAUCAAUUUUGUGUUAAAUAUAAACAUCUUUGUACCCUUUUAUGUUUUAAAUCAUUUGAUUUUUUAUCCUUUAUGAUAACAAUAUUAAUUAAUAUUUUUGCAAUAGCUGGAAUUAUAAUAUUAAUGGUUAAAUGUUUAGGUGAAGUAAGGUCAGAUGAAAUUAUUGAAAAAGAAUUAUUUAAUUAUGUUAGAUAUGAAAAUGUUACAUUAUUACGUAUCUUUGAAUUUAAAACUGCUGGAUUGAUAUUAAUAUCAAUUGGUAUAUUAUAUGAAUUAGGAAAAUUUAAUUAUAUAAAACCAUCAAUUUCUUUACUUAAAAAUGGUAGUGCAGUACAAGCAUUAUUUAUGGAAGCACUUUGUACAAUACUAUUUUUAACAAUAUGUUGUAUUGUAAUGUUUUUAAUACAUUUUUGGAAUGAUUUACAUAAACAUUUAUGGAUGAGUUAUUUGAUAAACAAUUUAUUAAUCAUAGGAUGGCUUUUUUAUACAAUAAUAAUUCCUUGUUAUUUUAUGAAAACUCAUUUUUUGGAUAGAUAUCAAAUUAAAUUGAAUGUUUUUAAAAAAUGGAAUAAAAGAAAUAUUUAA